AGGUACUUUGUAUGACUGUGAGACAAUGGUGGGCUGACAUCAGUACAAAAAAAGCAUGGGAUACGACUUGGGCAGAUUUGAGGGUGAUAUUGAUGAGGAGCUGAUCUGCUGCAUCUGUCGGGAAGUGUUAAGAGAUCCAGUACAGGCAGCUGAAUGUGAGCAUGCCUUUUGUAUUGAGUGCAUUCAGGGAUGGCUGAACGAGCACCAAACCUGUCCGGUUGAUAGAACAGCUCUUACUCAGUCUGACCUCAAACCACCAUCUCGGAUAUUAAGAAACAUACACAAGAAGCUCAUCAUCAAAUGUGACAAUGUGGAUUUUGGCUGCUCUACUUCCAUAAAACUAGAAUUACUCCACAACCAUUUGAAUGAUUGUCCAUAUAACCCAAAACGACCGGUAGCCUGCAGUCAAGGAUGUGGAAUGGAAGUUCCGUUAGAUGAAAUGCAAAACCACAAUUGUAUUCAGCAGCUUCGUAACACUUUGAUGGCCCACAUAUACACUUUGGAAAGUAAGCUGAGUGCUUGUGAGGCGGAGAUAGAGCGUCUGAGAGAAGCUAGAAAUCAGACACCAAUAACUGGGGACAGUCAGGCUGGACCGAGUAGUGCGCGGGAGAGUGGUGCUAAACCUCACAAUCUCAGCGAUGAGGAGAUCAGAUGGUGUCAGAGUCUAGACGAAGGGAGAGUUAGGAGAUGGGGAGGUAUGAUAAGUACUCCUGAUAACGUAUUGCAGGGUCACAUUCGCAGAUCACUUCAGGACUCAGGCUGCCCUGCUAGAUUACUCAAUGAGCUGAUGAAUUAUUCCCACGAAAGGAAGUGGCCCGGAGGUCUCAAUAGUCUCGAGAUGAGACAGGUGAACAGAGUUUGCUACGAGCAGUACGUAACAAGGCGAGUCCCCGGAAGACAAGCAGUAGUAGUAUUGUAUCUGGAGAAUCAGCACAUGGACUCCCCCUUCAUACGCAAUCCAGGCAUGGUCCUCAUCUUCGCUCACGGCAUCGACUAAACUCUCCUCUUUUCAUGACAAAUUAUUUAGCACUGUGAGACAAGUUUACUAUAAAUGUUGCUGUAAUUUUAUCAGAGUUCGUCUGGUUAAUACAGUCGGUUGGAUUUCAGUGGAGAUAAGAUCUUAUGUUUAUCUUCUUUAAAGAAAAGUGACUGUGUGCUUUAUGUAUAGUUGUAUGUCUUGGAACAGUUCUAUGAAGAAAAAAAAGGUGAUGUCCGGGUGUUCUUGAGCUUGUUUAUUGAAAAUGUGGUGGUGAAAAAUAUGCAUAUGAUUGAUUGAAAUUGACUGAAGUAACCUCCACAUGAAAUGUUUGUAAUGUUGGCGACAAUUGGGAAACCAUUGGGACAUCGUAUUCAAGUAAUACAAUCUGUAUACUGUUGCCAUCAUAAAAUAUAACAAUUUACUUUUGACCACAUUGUCUGUUUGGAACUGUACAAGUCCAGCUGUGUACUUACUUAUUUCUCAAUCUUGUCUCAGCCGACUUGUUCAAAAGAUUUUGGACUGGUAUAUUAGCUAGGUACUUUAGAAACUUGUUUGUUUAUUACAAAUUCAAAACGGAAAUUAUUGAUCAGUAAAAUAGCCCAUAUUGUACUAAUUUUUAGUAUACAUAACAUUGCUCUCAAG